AUCCUAGUCUUGUACUCUGACUCAGCGGUAGUCAGCUGGUCUCUUCCUGUGGCCAGAAUCAAAGCUCGCGAUUUGGGGCAAUCUGCGAGUUUGGUCGGGCGAGGACGCUAGAGGCAGCACAGGUGCCAGAUUUUACCCCCCUGCUUGUGUGUUAUUCAUGGCAACCCCUAUGAAGGGCCAAGUGUGCGUGGUGACCGGUGCUUCCAGGGGUAUUGGGCGAGGCAUCGCCUUGCAGCUCUGCCAAGCGGGUGCCACAGUUUACAUCACUGGCCGACAUCUGGACACGCUGCAGGCUGCUGCUCGGGAUGCGCAAUCCCGAGGGGGCCGGUGUGUGCCUGUGGUGUGUGAUUCAAGCCAGGAGAGUGACGUGCGAAGCCUGUUUGAGCAGGUGGAUCGAGAACAGCAUGGGCGUUUGGAUGUGCUGGUCAACAACGCCUAUGCUGGGGUCCAGACAAUCCUGAAUAACCAUAAGAAGGCAUUCUGGGAAAGCCCUGUUUCCAUGUGGGAUGAUAUCAACAACGUAGGACUCAGAGGCCACUACUUGUGCUCAGUGUAUGGGGCACGGCUGAUGGUACCAGCUGGCCGGGGACUCAUUGUGGUCAUCUCCUCCAUUGGGGGAAUGCAGUAUAUCUUCAACGUCCCCUAUGGCGUGGGCAAAGCCGCGUGUGACAGGCUGGCUGCUGACUGUGCCCAUGAGCUACGGCGCCAUGGGAUCAGCUACGUGUCUCUGUGGCCAGGGUUGGUGCAGACAGAACUGCUGACAGAUUAUAUGGAGAGGAGUGACAAUGUCGAGGAUCCCUUGUUAAAGCAGCUCAAAUCUAGUUUCUCAUCCGGGGAAACCCCAGAAAUGAGUGGCAAAUGUGUGGUGGCUCUGGCAACAGACCCCGACAUCCUGAGCCUGAGUGGAAAAGUGCUGCCAUCUUGUGACCUUGCUCGGCGCUACGGCCUUCAGGAUGUGGAUGGCCGCCCGGUGCAUGACUAUUUGUCUCUGAGUUCGGUUCUCCGCUCUGCCUCUAGCCUGGGCUGGCUGGCCUCCUACUUGCCUGGCUUCCUCCGUAUGCCCAAGUGGAUUAUGACGCUCUACACAAGCAAGUUCUAACCCUCCUGGGCUCACGUCGCUACUCUGCUGGUCCUUUCAUUUGGACUGGAUGGCUGGGCCGUCUCAGCAGAACAGGGCAGCCUUUCCCAUGUACCACAUGCGCCCAAUACAAAGAGAGAAGCCUC